CCGAAAGCCAGCCCUUCGUCAUCAGUUGGAUGCAGUGCCCCGCCAUACCGAGCUUUAAGUCAUUGCGACGGCGCAGAACGAACACCAAUACUGGCCUAUCAACUCCUCAUUUUACAAUCAACAACUGGAGCCGCCGUGAGGGCUUGUCAGACAGCUCAAAAUGGCUUCGAACAAUACAUCGGAUCUUCUCAAGCGGCCUCUCUACGUCUAUGAUCUUCCCCAAGAAGUCCUUACAACGCUCUCCCUUAAGCCAGACGCCUCCAUACUCGAACAGGCCCCUCCGUCGCCUCCCUCGAAAUACACAUCUUCCUCCGAUUCCGUCGGCUCACAGGCCUGCUCCCUUUGCGGAGUUACCUUUCCCACCGUCAUCGAUCAGCGAAGCCAUCAGAAAUGCGACUGGCACCACUACAAUCUGAAGCAGAAGCUGCGCAGCGCAAAACCGGUAUCCGAGAAAGAAUUCGAGAAGUUGAUCGGGGACCUUGAUGAGAGUCUAUCGGGCUCAGAUUCGGAAGAGUCUGAGGAUGAAGAUGGCCAGGAAUCCACACUCACAGCACUGCUGAAGAAGCAGGCGACGCUCGUCGACAAGUACGCAUUGCCAGCCGCAGAUUACAAUGACGAAGACACGAUACGACGUAGCGGGAAGGGUAAUCCGCCUCUGAUAUGGUUCAGUUCACCAGUUCUCCCGUCAAAUACAUACUUUGGCCUCUACAGGGCUAUCCUCAGUCCCGAAGAGCAGCGCGACGAGACGAAGCUGGUGGAAGUCGUCAGAAAGAAACAAUUGGACCCAAUAGUCGCUCCCAAGGUCUCUAAGGACGGCACAGCACCGCCACCAGCGGCGUACACAGGGCCUCAUUUCUUCUUGUGCAUGAUUGGUGGUGGCCAUUUCGCUGCCAUGGUCGUAGCAUUGCCGCCGCGACAGAACAAGUCUUCAGCAGGCGCAAUGAAUCGCGAAGCAACUGUGCUUGCUCACAAGACAUUCCAUCGAUAUACGACUAGACGAAAGCAGGGUGGUUCGCAAUCAGCCAACGACAACUCCAAGGGAAAUGCCCACUCGGCUGGUGCUAGUAUUCGUCGGUACAAUGAACAGGCUUUGGUGGAUGAUGUACGCAAUCUUCUCCAGGAAUGGAAAGGGUUGCUCGAUACGUCUGAGCUUCUCUUCAUUCGAGCAACGGGGGCGACGAAUCGAAGAACGCUGUUCGGACCGUACGAUGGGCAAAUAUUGAAACACAAUGAUGCUAGGAUACGAGGCUUCCCGUUCAGCACGCGGAGAGCGACACAGAACGAGUUGAUGAGAUCUUUCAUCGAGCUCACAAGACUAAAAGUCAGAGAAAUCAACCCCGAGGACGAGAUUAAACCGAAAUCCGAGACCCCUACUCCUGCGAAGACUGCCGCUCCGAAGCCCACGAAGCCGAAGCUUACAGAAGAAGAGGAGACUGCGCUAUUACACACAUCACAGAUCCAGGCGUUCAUCCGGCGCUCGAAACUUCCAGCCCUAUUGUCCUACCUCAAGACAAAUGAUGUGUCUCCCGACUUCCAGUUUCAGCCGUCAGACCAGAAUCACCACUCACCAACACCCCUACACUUGGCAUCUCAUCAAAAUGCUGCGCCUCUAGUUCUCGGCCUCAUUACACGUGGCGAUGCAUCGCCUCUGAUCACCAACAAAGAUGGCAAGACCGCGUUCGAACUGGCAGGAGACAGGUCAACAAGAGACGCCUUCCGUGUCGCACGAUCGGAGCUUGGCGAGGACAAGUGGGAUUGGGAGGCCGCGCGCGUACCUGCACCUCUUAGUAAGGCAGAUGCUGAAAAGCGCGACGAGAGAGAUAAGAAAGAGAAGGACGAACAGGAGACAGCAAGAAGGCGUGCCGAGGAAGAGAGGUUACGGGUCGAAGGGCCCAAGGCUGAUGGCAGGAAGCCAAAGUCUGGUGGUCUAGCGGCUAUAGCGUCUACGAAGACCGCGCAAGAGAAGAGGGUAGAAGAAGCUAGGGGCCUUACUCCUGAGAUGCGGAUGAAGCUCGAUCGGGAGAGGAGAGCGAGGGCCGCCGAGGAGCGUCUCAAGCGCAUGCAGAAUAGUUCAUAGUCGUGUGCCGGCUGAGUGCGCUGUCACCGACCUCUACUCUACUCAAGAGAGUCUAGGAGCGACCUGGACAUGUUAUACAUAUCCUGAACAGAGAUAAUAAUGACACAGCUGAGCCAGGUGUCUCUCUCUGACUUUUGAUGAUGGAUGUUGAGGAACUGUGACAUGAAGGUGUUCGCCCAAACAUGGGAGUACAGCGAUUCUACACGUAUUCACUCGAAGUCUUUUUGAUCAAAUGUAGACAUUAAAACUG